GAUUCAAAGGCGGAAAAAUACACUUGAUUAAUGGCAUCAGCCUUCUCAUUUCAUUCUUCUUUGCACGAUUGAUGUACGGGACCUAUAUGACGGCAUUGUACAAUAGAGCGGAGAUCCCAGCACCUCUAUUCUGGACCUAUGCUGUGGGUAACGUGGUGCUCAAUGGACUGAAUUGGUUCUGGUAUGUCCUCUUGAAUGUUUCCGAGUUGGCACAAAUAAACCCAAAAGGAUCGAUUAGAUAUAGUGAAGGGAGGUGGGUCAGGUGUGGUUCGACACCGGCCAGUCUCCUAAAUACUCCUAGUAGCUCCUAG